UUUAAUUUGUGUACUCUAUUUUUCGUCCUCAACCAUUUUUUAAGAGGGCGUUAUCAGUUCCUUCAAGGAGAAGACUGAUACCUGUUGGAGGCGUCGCAUAACGGUUAAUGAGUUGAGCCACAUGGUUCUUCAGCCUCCACAUUGCACAAUCUUCUCAUCCCUUUUUCUUGAUUUCCUUCAGUUUCGUUCAUUGAAGAAAAAAAUUCAACCAAUCCAAGCAAGCUUGAACGAGCUUGUCUUCGACGAAACUCAUCAUUCGAAUGCCUUCUUAUUGGUCUCUAAGUGUCAAGAACAGAACGGUUCAUUUAUGUUCCAUUCAAUCGCAUACAUGAUCCAAUAAUUGGACUCAUUUCCCGUAAUCGCUGGCAAGGCGUCCUUGGUCCACAUGUGCACCUUUUUCUGGAACCAUUCCGUGUUCUGCUGGCUCUCUCAGAUGAUCUGGAUCGUCGGCUGAGCAGGGAUCCACUUCACGGUUCUCGAUUCACUCCCCUCUCGCUCGCUCGAACUUGAAACCAAGAUCUCGAAGGCCGCUCUAUCUCUCUUUCUCUCUCUGGGACUCUCUUCGUUCUACAUAGCUGCCGAUGGAUGUUCAGUAGGUGCGAGCUGGGUGCAAGUAAAGCCGUGUUGUACAUUCUUUAUGGAGUGGUGGUGGCGCAGCUACAACAACGACGACAGCGACGACGACCACGACGACGACACCAACAUAUUUCGCCAAUAUACUGGACCAGGGUUACUGCUCAGAGGACGGAGUGCGUGAAUCCAAGGGUAGGUCUUCUCUUCUGAGCCUUGAGGCCAGCCGAAAGGCCAUACCUUCCUAAGUCUCGUACUAAGUCUCAUGCACCUUCGUCGUGGGUAUGUACGAGUAUACCAGAACUGAGAAGUUAUCUCGAAUGGUGGGGCUCAAAGAGAGAAGAAAGAGAAGACGACGCCACCACGACGACGGUUUUUAAGAAGACUAAGGCGAAGCAACCAGUGGGUUUCAUUGGAACUGUGCCUCAAACUAAGCACUCACGCACACACAAAGACUCGCACCACAUAGAUAUAUAUGUACAUGUGUGAGCCUCAAACCGAUAUGCCACCAUUCCAUCAAACCCAUCAGUUUGAAAAAGGCGAUGGCUCGAAGGAGAGGCCUCAGUUUUGUCUUCGUCCUCCCAGGUUCCACGUUCUCAUUAACAUCAUUAGUAUUGUCUUGAGUGAGCAUGUUUGACUUAGCAGUGGUUGUUUGCCGAAGCAACUCCAUGAGGAAAAGGCCCUUUCGAGUUUAGUAACGAAGUCACGCCACCGUCAAACUCACGCUACCCAUCCGAAGUUUCAUACUAUACUGUACUAGUUUGGAACAACUAGCAGCUCACUUAAUUCCACAUGUCCAUGCAUGGAUUUAAAGUGAAAUAAUGUGCCCGAGCCAACACGAUUUUUAGUAGGAUCAAAGAAGACGAAGAAGGCGAAGACGACGGCGAAAAAGAAAACCCUUUGAAGAAGGUCACUUUCUUUCUUCAUUGGGAUCGCGAUGCGGUUUUGGCGGAAACGAUCGGAAGUGGAGGCCUUCACAGAUUGGCGGCGAAAAUCAGCACGUCUUUGCGAUGGCGAAUUCCUUCACGGGGAGCUUCAAAUUGAAAUUCGCGAGGCCAGAAAUCUCCCCGACACCGACAAUUUCCUUUUCAACAUCAAAAGAUGUCUUGGCCAGGAAAAAGACGUGACGGAUCCUUACGUGGCCGUUCUCUUGGACUCGACCAAAAUCAUCACCACCUCGGUGAUUUACAACAAUUUGUUCCCGCAAUGGAACGAAUUAUUUCGAGUGAGCGUGUGCCACCAUGCCAAGAAAAUCAUCUUCCGCGUGAAAGAUCAAGAUGAGUUGGGCUCGGAGAAUUUGGGAGAAGUUGUUAUUUCCAUAAAAGAACAGUUGCUUACUCCGACUAAGCGAGUUCAAGGUUGGCAAAAAAUUGUAGACGACAAUGGAAGCGUCCAAGGCGAGCUCAACAUCAACCUCGUGUAUCUGCCUUAUUUAGAAGAUAACAGCUCUUGCAAUGACAUGGCUUGUUCCCAAUGCUAUUUCCCCCUUCGCCCAGGCAAUCAAGUCACUCUGUAUUCUUGUGCCCGGAAUGUCGAUGACACCAUCGAAAUUCCAACGGGAACCCCAUCCGGUCCCCGAGUGCUCCAUUAUACACCUCCUUCACUCUGGAUUGACCUGUUCAAAUCGCUCAUCCAAAGCAAACGAUUCAUCUAUGUUAUGGGCUGGUCCAUUUAUACCCGCAUCCAUCUCCUGAGGAAUGAUGACCACAAACAUCUGAACACUCCCGACGAACUGAAAAUGGCCAAUGCGACCUUAGGCGAGCUCUUGAAGCAAAAGGCCGAGGAAGGGGUUCGAGUCUUGCUCAUGAUUUGGGGUGAAACCACUUCAAUUAUGGGUACACACGACAGUGAGACUGAGAACUAUUUUAAAGGAUCUCGAGUAUUUGUGGCACGCGUGGCCAGGCAGACCAAAACGAAAGAGUACAAAGACCUGGACGCCCAUUUCACGGCUAAUCUAGGCUAUAGCCAUCAUCAAAAGGCUGUAAUUGUGGAUGUUCCGGUUUUGGCCAGGGAUUCUAGUCAUCCCAAUGAGAUGGUCUCGAGAAUAAUUGCUUUUACUGGGGGAAUCGACAUCACCGAUGGCCGUUAUGACACUCCAGAGCAUCCCCUUUUCUCCUCUUUGAGAACGACGCACCAGAAAGAUUUCUAUCAGCCUUGCGAGCCAACAGCAAGGCCAAACAGUGGUCCGAGAAUGCCAUGGCAUGACAUCCAUGUCAAAGUCGAGGGCCCAGCUGCGCGAGAUAUCAUGGUCAACUUUGUGGAAAGAUGGGGAAAGGAACAAUCCAUGAACACUCGACUUUUAAUUCAAAACGUGGAAGCUCCGUCAUUCGAUCUCUCACCCAGAGGCGCCACGUCAGGAUCAUCGUGUUUUUCCGCUCAAGUGUUUCGCUCCAUUACGUCAGACUCGGCAAGAUUCCAAUUGGAAAAUGAGACUACCUUUACCACGAAAAAAGGCCGUUCCGUGGACAACUCGAUCGCCCGAGCGUACAUUGCAGCCAUCCGCAAGGCCAAGAAAUUUAUCUACAUCGAAAAUCAGUACUUCAUGGGAUCGGCCUACGGUUGGCUAGACUAUCAAGACGUUCAUUGUUACAAUGUCAUUCCCAUGGAAAUUACUCAAAAGAUUUGUGAAAGCAUACAGAAUCGAAGGAGAUUCGUGGCCUAUGUGGUCAUUCCGAUGCAUCCAGAAGGCAUGCCCGGGGACACAGCCAUUCAAGAGAUGCUUUUCUGGCAAAGAAACACGAUGCACAUGAUGUAUUCCCGGAUAGCUCAAGCCCUCCAUCGCUAUGACGUGAAAGGCCACCCCACCGAGUAUCUGAUGUUCUUCUGUCUGGGCAAACGAGAGACCCCCGAUGCAAUCCCUGCCCACGUGGAACCGCCCUGGUUUUGGACUCAAGCGGCCAAACUGUUCAAAUCUCGGCGCUUCAUGAUCUACGUUCACUCCAAGUUGAUGGUCAUUGACGACAGUUAUCUGAUCACGGGGAGUGCCAACAUCAAUCAGCGCUCCCUCGAUGGGGAUCGUGACAGUGAGUUGGCCGUGGGCCUUUUCCAACCAGCCCACGUGACGAGCACGCAAUCCGAGCAAUGUCCCCAAGGAGAGAUCUUCAAGUUUCGAAUGGCCUUAUUUCGCGAGCACUUGCACUGCAUGGACCCGACAUUUGUGGUGCCGCACUCGGAGAAAUGCGUGGCCAAAGUGCAAGAGCUGGCCCUGAGGAAUUGGGACGAUUACGUCAGUCUGGAUGGUCAGCCCGCGGGACACUUGUUGGCUUAUCCCAUCGAUGUGAGUGUCACUUUGGAUGAGGACAUCCCGGUGGUCAAUCUCAUUGCCAAAACCAAGCGAAGGACAUUCCCUGACACUAACGCCAAGAUCUUGGGGAAUCCAGCCCGAUCCAUUCCCAACAAACUUACCACCUAACUUCCGGAAACUUGAUCGGGGAUCGCGAUUACCAUAAAUCGAUCUCAUUUUCUUCCAUCCAUCCAUCCAUUCAAACGAACAAACAACAACAACAACAAAAAGCAUAUCCAUAGUCUGUCAUAUUUAAAGACCCUCGUUUUUGAUUCACCAAAUCCUUCCAAACUCGAACUCACCAAGUGGUUUUCACCCAAUCAAGCCUUACCUUUGUACUUGAACCUAAAGGCUCGUAUGUAGUAGUAGCCCAUUGAUGUUUUUCUCUCGAUAAUUUUCGCCCUUCAUAUCACACAAUCCAUUAUUGGAGAGGAGGAAGGAUGGCGUUUUAUCGAACAUCUUUAUUGGCUUGGAUCCCUUCUACCGACAUCAUGUUUAUAUGGUAGUAUGUACUACUGUAUGCACUGUAUGUGGAUGCUCACGCUCAACAGAACAACGAACUUAAUAAUAACUUUCCGACCUAAGCCAACGGCGGAUAUCUCGUAGUAAAUAAAACUAAUAAACUUCCACGGAUCUCAAAAUCGUUCGUAAUAUCCUCCUCUCACCAUUUAUAUCUCCAUGUUCAUUCUUGAAAUCCAUGUUUGGUCAAAAGCGUAUAUUUCAAACGCACCAAGUUUUCAUCCGGCUGCUUUUAGUAUGCGACAUGCCAAAAUUGUCUUUUUCCACAUUCCAUUACUCAUUCAUCCAUAUCACUUCAUAUUCUUCAAAUAAAAACCUAAUUCAUUCAACAA